CCUCUUGUUAUGCAGGUAGAAUCGUACUUUGCUAAAAAAGGAAAAACAAAAACAAAACAAGAAGUAAUACAAGACACCACAAAUAAAGGAAGCCCAACACGCAGGGACGGAGCCAGAAAAAUCAGUUAGGGGGGGCAAAAAUUGGAUACAUUUCUUGGUGGGAUAAAUACUAGUUCAGUUACCAUAUUAUGGGCAAUGUCAGAGCUGAUCAAGAAUCCAAGAGCCAUGAAGAAGGUACAAAUUGAAAUUAGGAGUUCUGUUGGAAAGAAAGGAAAGGUGGAGGCAGAGGAUGUUGCAAAACUAAAAUACCUAAAAGUGGUUGUUAAAGAAACCUUCAGGUUGCAUCCUCCAGCUCCUCUGUUAGUCCCACGCGAGGCAAUGCGCCAAUGUAGAAUUGGUGGUUUUGAUGUGUUUCCCAAAACAAGAAUCUUCGUUAAUGUAUGGGCUAUUGGGAGAGAUUCAAAUUUGUGGGAAAACCCCUAUGAGUUUUACCCCGAAAGAUUCGAGGACAAUGAUAUUGACUUCAAAGGAUCCAAUUAUGAGUUGCUGCCUUUUGGAGCUGGUCGAAGAAUUUGCCCUGCUUUGGCUAUGGGAAUUACAAAUGUGGAGUUCGCACUUGCCAACCUAUUGCAUUGUUUUGACUGGGAAUUGCCUGGUGGGAUGAGGAGGGAAGAUAUCAGCAUGGAGGAAGAAGGUGGGUUGCAAAAUUCUCCAUUGGGCCAGUUUUUCAUGGCAAACUCCAACAACUCGGUUAUAUUCGUCUCCUAGAAGGUAGCUAUUUUCUCUAAAAUUCCUUGCUUAAUACUGUAGAAAUAAAGAUGUACGAGUGAAAAAUGAACAUGAAGUCAAGAU